AUAAGAAUUGAUGUAAUGGGUGUGUCCCAGAAGUUCCCCAGGUAUCCAAAAGCACAUUAUCAACUGGUUCAUUUGGAGUCCGACGAAGAACUUGCCAAAUUACCAGAAAAAGAAAGAUGGAGGAUCGAGCAUCAGAGACUACAUGAGAAACACCGAGGCCACGAGGCCAUGCACUUGGAAAUGGUGCUGAUUUUGAUUGCCACUCUGGUGGUGGCACAGAUUGUUCUGGUCCAGUGGAAACAGAGGCAUUUCAAAUCGUACCAAAGAGCUACUUUGUUAGGGAUGUGGUUGUUUCCGGUGGGGUUUUGUCUCAAAUUUGGAUGGCAUCGUUUUAUUUUUGUGUGGAGUAUAUUUUCAAUCAUCACAGGAUUUAUUACAUUUAAAGCCACCAGAAAACCUAUCUCAGGGAGUACACCAAGGUUGGUGUAUAAGUGGUUCCUGAUAAUAUACAAAGUCAGCUAUUUCUUAGGAAUUGUGGGCUAUAUGUCAGUGAUGUUCACAUUAUUAGGACUAAAUCUUAUUUUAUUAAUCAAACCACAAGUCUCUAUGGACUUUGGACUUUUACUUCUUUUCUAUGGACUCUACUUUGGAGUAGUAGCCCGAGAUUUUGCUGAAGUGUGUUCAGACACCAUGGCAACACACAUUGGGUAUUAUACACCAACAGGGCUUCCUGGUAAGAGACUGGACCCCAAUGUGUGUGGAAUCUGUGGGAACCCUAUUUUAGUCAUGAACAAUGAUGAUGCAAUAAUUGAAGCUACCUGUAAACUAGGCUGUGAUCAUAUAUUCCACGAGUUCUGUAUACGAGGUUGGUGUAUAGUGGGGAAGAAGCAGACUUGUCCAUACUGUAAAGAGAAGGUGGAUCUCAAAAGAAUGUUCCCUAGUCCUUGGGAUCGACCAGAUAUUUUGUACGGGAAUCUACUUGACUGGAUUCGAUACCUUGUUGCCUGGCAGCCAAUCAUCAUUUUACUGGUGCAGGGUAUCAACUGGUCACUGGGACUCGAGUAAACCACUCAGAUCAGAGCCUCUACAAACUUACAUUACUAGUGACUAAUUUAUUAAAUUUGCUACAAAGCAGCAGAUGUGUUCAUGUGAAUGAUCAUUAAAGUAUAUGUCUGUAUGAUUUUAUGCCCCAUCCUUACUGUUCUGGGAUCAUUUUAAUUUCUUUC